AUGACUCACUCUCGCAGCUCUCGACGGGCGCGAUCGCAAUGGCCUCCAGCGCCCUGCGUUGAGGAAGAACCCCAGUCCCUCUCGAAGGAGCUAAACGGUCUCUCCAAGCUUGGAGAUAAACCGGGGGUCGACGGUGUACAUAUAAGGGGGGCUGUCGAUCAGUGUCCCAUCAUAGUCUCCGCCAACUCGUCUCCUUCAUCGUCUACCUCCCCUGACAGUGCUCCCAGUGUGCCUGGUCUCGGGGGUGUAUCUUCGGAUGAAAGUGCAGGGCCAAGGACGCCGCCUGCUCAAGAGCCGAUCUUUCGGAACACUGUCAGAUUUGAGACGGAUUAUCGGCCGAAAUAUGCGCAGCUCUCAACUGCAAAUCAACCACGCGGCCCGCCAUUCCGGCCUCCGGCCCAGCAACAGCCCACCCCGAUUAGUACACAGUGGGAACCCCGACCGCUUUCUCUUAACCGGGAUGGCAAUUCUAGCAGACACGGGUCGUCAAUGCAAACGUCUCAUGGCUCCCGUCGACCGAGUGUGCCGGAUCGCGGUGGUGCCCGAGCCCCUGUGCACGACAAGACCCAUCUACAACCACCCAAGCCUUCCAUUGGCCGGUCCAACAGUGCAAGACAUGCACCUUCAGCAACGCGUCCAAUGCCAGAACGCUUUCGACGGGAGCCUAGCUUGGGGUAUCUGUCAGAUUCGGCCACCACGUGCAACAGACCACCCUCACAGCCCCAGGCCCCUGUGCCCACGGUUCCUGUAUCAGCUCUAGCAAAUGCGCCCACCCUCGCAGAGCGUAUUGACGAGAAGCUUCGCCAGCGACAAGAACAGCGGGAUCCGGGGUCUAUGUCGGACCCGGAGAUGCGGCAAAUCCCCACAGCUGUAAGGCCCGUCAAACCAGUUCCUCUCGACAUGUCUCUCCCCCCUCCGCCUCCUGCUCCUGCUCCUGCUUCAGCAUCGCACUCACCUUCACGUGGGCCUCCACCUGUCCAGACACAACGAGCACAACAGGAAGUGCCCCCGGCCUCGCGUGCCCGCGCGACAUCGGUGACAAUGCCGCCUACCCGGUCGAUGUCUGGAUCUCGCCAUCCCUCACAGUCAGCAACCGAGAUGGUCAAAUCUACAUCAAACCAAGUCGCAACCCAACUCAACCCCGAUAGGUCGCUAGCUCCUACCGCACCGACUCGAGCCCUAGACACAUCACCCCAGCGCCCCGGUUCAGUGGGCUUGGGACUCUCUCCGUGCCCGCGAACCAUCGCCGUAUCAGGCUACCAAGAUUGGUAUACGCUUAAAGGCCUCACCCACCUGGACAUUUGCCCGUCCUGCAUGAGUCAAAUCGCACACUCCCGCUACCGUGACUACUUCAUCCCCAGCACCUCAAAGCCAGCCGGGCAAAAGACACGAUGCGCCUUCGCUAAUGCAUGGACCCGUCUCGCCUGGGCUCAGAUGAUAAAAAAGCAACACGAUAGCCUGGAGCUCCUGUACCAAAUGACACGCCCACCACCGGGUACACGCGCCUGUCCCGGCCGCAUCGUCGCCGAACAAUACUGGUACCGCAUCUACGACCCGGAAACCGGCGGCGACCUAGCUGGCUUUAACGUCUGCAACAGCUGCGCGCGCAACAUCCGCAUUUUAAUGCCCAGCCACCGGGAUACCUUCCAACCAAACCCAGACCCUGCCGAGAGAGUGUGCGACUUUGUGACCUCCAGUCCGCGAUUCGUGAAAUUCAUCGAUCUCCUCGAUGGAUCAGCUUCGCGCGCUGAAUCGGACUCCUCGCGCACCCGCCGCCCGGAUACGCGCGAGUUCCUCAACUACGCACGGCGCAAGGUCGUGCUGCGUGAUUGUCGUCGCGAUAGACCUGCUCUUAGUAGAUGGCACUUUAUCCCGUCGCUUCCGGAGAUGUGCGUGUGCGAAGACUGCUAUGAUGAGGUUGUCUGGCCGCUAGCGAGAUUGAAUCAUCCUAUUGCGUGUAUGGUCACGACGAAAAUGCGAAUAUUGCCUGGCGAUGGGCCUGGUCGGACCCGGGAGGCGAGUUGUCAGCUUUACUCCCCUCGUAUGCGGGCGAAGUUCCGGGACGCGGUUGUUAGGGAUGAUUUUGGGUUGUUGAGGUCUAUUGCGCAGAGGAGGGUUGAGGCUGAGAGGCGGUUCCUUGAUCGGAGGGAGGAGUUGUUGGUUGCUCAGUCGAAGGGGUAUGAUUGUGACGAGGAAAUGAGGAAGGCCGUUGAUGAGUGGAGGAGGUGGGAAUGA